UGCAGCACCAGGGGCUCGGAAUCCCCGGCAGGGCCCUGGCGGGGCCAUGGCAGCCGGGAGCAUCACCACGCUGCCCACCCUGCCCGAGGACAGCGCCAGUGGCGCCUUUCCUCCCGGCCACUUCAAGGACCCCAAGCGGCUGUACUGCAAAAAUGGGGGCUUCUUCCUGCGCAUCCACCCCGACGGCCGAGUGGACGGGGUCCGGGAGAAAAACGACCCUCACAUUAAACUACAGCUUCAAGCAGAAGAGAGAGGUGUUGUGUCUAUCAAAGGAGUGUGUGCCAACCGUUAUCUGGCUAUGAAGGAAGAUGGAAGAUUGCUGGCUUCUAGAUGUGUGACAGAUGAAUGUUUCUUCUUUGAACGACUGGAAUCUAAUAACUACAAUACUUACCGGUCAAGGAAAUACACCAGUUGGUAUGUGGCACUGAAACGAACGGGGCAGUAUAAACUUGGAUCCAAAACAGGACCUGGACAGAAAGCUAUACUUUUUCUUCCCAUGUCUGCUAAGAGCUGAUCUUAACGGCAACAUCUAAUCUCAUUUCAUGCAAAAGAAGACGUAUAUUUCAGAAAUUUGUUAAUGAGAGAAAAAGAAAUGUAUACAGUCAUCUGCUCAGUUUGGCUAGCUGGUUAGAUCACAUUUUAGCUACCAGUGAAAUAUUUAACCGUUGCUAAACUUUCACUCUUUCAUACAGCAUUUACCUUUACCUGGUGGAGCUUACUUAGAGCUACACCUUUUUAUACAUUUACUUUAUUGGAAAAAGGGGCUUUUAAAAUUUGCACAUUUAUAAACAAAUUUUCUUCAUAAAAACCAUACACAUUAGAAAAUUAAAGUCAGGUAUUUAAUCGCUCAAAAUGUCCACUACUUCAUAUAAUAUGGCACACAUUAAUCUACAUGUAAAUUUACUUUAAAACUUUUUAAACAUGCAAAUGUGAAUUUAGUACAUUCCUGUCAUAGUUUUGUAAUUCUCUGGCAGUUCCUUGUGAUAGAGUUUAUAGAACAAGCCUGUGUAAACUGCUGGAAGUUCUUCCAUGGUCAGGUCAAUCUUGUCAAAUCCUUCUCUGUACCCAUAGAGCAUCAGCCUAGCUACUCUGCUGGUGAUGGGAGUCGUAUUUUCAGUCUUGACCAGGUCAUUGAGAUCCAUCCACUCACACCUUAAGCAUUCAUGCUGGCAAAAAUUUAUGGUGAAUGAAUAUGGCUUUAGGCGGCAGAUUAUAUACAUAUCCGACUUCCCAAAAGCUCCUGGAUUGGUGUGCUGUUGCCGAAUACUCAGGAGGGAUCUGAAUUCUGAUUUUAUACCAGUCUCUUCAAAAACUUCUCGAACUGCUGUGUCUCCUACAUAAAAGAAAGAUGUACAAAUCAACAAAGAGGACAUUUCUAGAAACUUCAUCAUUGAAGAUUUUCAGUGAAAGUAAUAUCUAAAUGUUCAAAAGUAAAUCUCCACCCUAAGAAAAUAAAGUUUUCAGCACAAA